AUGGCCGGUGGGCCUAGUCCGAGCAGCACGAGUCCCUCGAACCUCUCCAACAGUCCGUUCAUGCACGGCUCCAUCAGCAGCUCUACCUCAUCCUCUCCACCAAAGCCUUACGCGUCGCAGCACACCAUGACGGCAGAGGUCUUCUCAGCGUCGCAUUCGUACGGCAUGCCAGGCCCAUUCGGAGAGCGCAGGUCCGUGGACAAGAACGGCCACUCCAUGUUCUCCUCCUUCAGCGACCUGGAAAGCAGUCCAGAUGCGAAAGGCCCGACAUACUAUUUUCCUGCGGCAAGCUGCCUUAGCAACAGCGAUCGCGAGGCUGUGCGCAACAUCUUACUUUUCGCCAAAGAUCUCAUCGACUGCGAAAUGGUGCCUCAGUCCAGGUUCAACGAUGACAAGGGCUUUGCGGCUGCUGUCGCCCAUUUCCAAACUUUUGAAGGCGCAAAAGAGGCGCGGGAUCUCCUGAAUGGGAAGCGAAAUGCUACCAACGACGCGACACUGAUAGUGGACGUUAUGCAGGAACCCGCUCCCGGCGCUUUCGGAUCACGACGCAACACGGUCGACAGUUCAUCUACGCGACAGGGCUCCAUUGCAAAUGGGAUCGCCGGCGCUACCAACAAUGGCCGACAAUCGUCGCGAUAUAAUGGAACCUUUCAAAAUAUGGAGAAGAUGUCCCCACCCAACGGAACCCCCGGCCUUGGCAACGGAGAAUUCCCUGUAUCAAACCUGUUCUCGCCAACAUCACCUGUAAACACAUCAUUUGCCAGUCGCAACCUGGGCAAGUCUGUUAUUAACGAUGAAGCUGACGACGACGAUGGCCUCCUCAAUGAUCCACUAGGAUAUGCUACCGGUGGACCACCUGCACAAUCUAGCAUGCAGCGCAGGGCUACGAACCCAAAUCCAUCUAUACCCGUUUCACGCUUCGCAUCCCUAUCACUGAACACCAACGGCGUCAACGGCAUGAGCUCUCCACCAUUACCAAACUAUGCUUCGCCCAGAUCUGGCGCGAACAUGCAAUCUCCUGGAACAGCAUUGUCCGCAAUGUCCCCACACACUAUCCCAUCUGCGUUGAGCAACGCACCCAGCGGCGGCUACCAGCAGUACUCACAGCAUUUUGCGCGACCAACAUACCCCCCUGUCAACCCAGCUGACCAGAACCCACCAUGCAACACGCUCUAUGUGGGCAACCUGCCCAUGGACACUUCCGAGGACGAAUUGAAGGCAGUCUUCUCCAAGCAGCGCGGAUACAAGCGCCUUUGUUUCCGCACUAAGCAGAAUGGCCCCAUGUGUUUUGUGGAAUUCGAAGACACAUCAUUCGCUACCAAAGCUCUCAACGAACUCUACGGAUACAUGCUACACAACAGCGUUAAGGGCGGCAUCCGAUUGAGUUUCUCCAAGAAUCCUCUUGGCGUGCGCAGCGGUCAGAAUUCUAGCAUGAGCCCUGCCUCUGCCAUGUCACCGUCCACCCCCUUGUCCGGCUUUGCGAACAAUGUUGCAGCUCCUCCUGGCUUCUCCACCGCCACUGGGCCACCGCCUGGACUAUCUGCACCCCCAGGCUUGUCAACUCCGGUGCACCACACCCACGGUCCCUCCAGCUUCGGCAUGUAUGCCAAUGGCGGUUUUGGACAUCAUGACAUGGCUCCUCCAAUGCGGCAGCCUCUGGCAUCCAGUGUUGCUGGCAAUGGCUUUGGAGGAUACUCCUCAUACAUGAUGGGGCGUUAA